GGGUGGGAGCGUGGGCAGGGAGGUAAAAAGUGAGAGGUAUCGGUGGGCGAUCAUGCAUUCCGACCAACCAUCCAAGAUGAAGAUCUUCUUAAAGUUGAUGAAAACUGUAGCCCUUGAAGUAAACAGCACAGACACAAUUGAUGACAUCAAAGCUAAGAUUUCCCCCGUAGAGGGACUUGCACCGAGUCAACAAGAGCUAUUUUUUGCAGGUAAUCAUCUCAAGGGUACUAAUACACUAGCCGAUUACAACAUUCCCGAGAAUUCCACCAUCAACCUUUAUAUUGGACAUGGAAUGCAAAUAUUUGUUAAGGUUCCAACCACUGGGAAUACAAUUGUGCUUGAUGUGAAGAAAUGCGACACCAUUCAAAAUGUGAAGUCUAAAAUCCAGGACAAGGAGGGAAUCCCACUAAACCAACAAACACUCGUCUACUUAGGCAGAUCACUUGAGGAUAACGAGACAUUGAUUGCUUAUGAUAUCAAAGAAGCUUUGUUGCUUAAUUUAGUAUUGCAUCCAAAAGAUGAGCUGAAAAUAUAUGUCAACAUCACUAGUGGUAAAACCCUAAUACUUGAAGUGAGAACCUGGUACACCAUUAGGGAUGUCAAGAUGAUAGUUGAGAGCUUGGAGGGGGAUCCUACUGGUGAACAGAUGCUUGUUUAUGCUGGAAACCAGCUACAGGACACUCUAACUUUGCAUGACCAUAAAAUCUGUGAUAAUUCUGUCUUGCAGUUGUCGUCGUCUCCAAUGCAGAUAUUCAUUAAGAGUGCAAGUGGGAAGACCUUAACACUCAUGGUGGAAAAGAGCAGCACGGUAGCUAAUGUCAUGGAUAAUAUGGAAAAGAAGGGGUUCAAACUGAAUCACCAGAUGCUGGUGUAUGCAGGGAAAGUACUUGACAAAGAUGCAACUCUUGCAGAUUAUCAUAUUCAGGGUGGUUCAACCAUCGAUGUCCGAACACGUGCUGGUUCAGCCAUCGAUCUACGAACACAUGCUUCUUUUCAGUACUGA